UUUUUUUUUUUUCAUAUAUAUUUAUAUACUUAUUUUAAUAUUCAAUAAUAAAUGUCAAUGACUGAUGAUUUAGCGAAUCCAUCAUUUCUUCAACCUAGUAGUAAUUAUUUUCUUCCCGAAUUAAGAAACAUCUCAUUUGCAGUAGAAGAAGAAGACCCCUGGAGCGCCUCAGGCUUUGAAUCAGUAGAUGCGCUUAGACAAUCUCUGGGACAUUCACAAAUACUGGAGAACAAUUUAAUUACUGAGGAUAUCACUGCUAAUAAUGCAUUAGUCGGGGUCGAUUUGCCAGAAAUAUUUGACACAGCCUAUAUACGUGCAGGGCCUGUUGGAGAUCGAGUGAGUAUUGAAGCCUUAGAAAUAAUUAUAGGUUUAGGAGGACUUGGACCACGAAUAUUUGAACAAAUUUCCGCUUUGAUUGUACCUUCAAAUGCAAUUUAUAUUACAAGAAAUGAAUUUAAUACAGCUUUAGCAUUAUUAGGACUUGCUCAAAAAAAUAUGGAAUUAUCUUUAUAUAAAGUAUAUCAACAUCGUAAUGACUUACCAAUUCCUUCAUUACUUAAUCUUGAUCAUGUUUUCAUCAAACGUACAAAUCCAAUUACGGCUAGUAAAUCAACAAAACAACAAAGCUACGACGUUGAUCCAUGGAGAACCUCAUCUACUCCUCCAAAUGGAAAUAUGUUUCCUACAACGUAUGAAAACAUGAAUAAUAAUGACUCUUCUGAUAAUAUGAAUAAAAGCAAUGUCAACGAACAGUCAUUAUCUAAAAAUGAUGUAUCCGCUACAGCAACAGUAGACAUUACAUUUACACCAAGCAGAGUGAUGAGUGUCGAUCUUGUUACAGACAAAGCAUCUACACAAGCACUUGUGAAGGCAUCCACUGAAAGUUAUCAAUGGUUUUCGGAUCUUGAUCAAAUUACUGUUUCCAUUGCAGAAACAGAAGGCUUUUUAUUUACUCAUGUUUAUUAUUGGGUUCAUAGUAAUCAGCGUCAAACAUCUGUAAGGCGUCGAUAUAGUGAUUUUUACUGGUUCUGGCAAAUAUUAUUAAAAAGAUAUCCCUUCAGAGUUAUCCCAAAUCUCCCACCGAAAAAGAUUUCAGGAAAGGAUCAAAUCUUUCUUAAAAAACGAUGUCAGGGUUUAUCAAGAUUUAUAAAUUGUGUUAUACGGCAUCCAGUACUACGAAAUGAUGAAGAAGUGGUCACAUUUUUAACAGAGCAAACGGAAUUCUUAGCUUGGAGAAAAGCAAAAUCGCCUAAUGUAAACGAAGAAUUUGUACGUGUCAAUCCUCAAACUAAAGACCUUGAAGCAUUUAUACCAAAAGAUUUAAACAUACGUAUUGAGCAAAUUCAUACAAGGUUAUCUAAAUCUAUAGAAAAAUAUGAUAUACUAUGUUCUAUUAUAGAAAAAAUCGUUCAAUUAAAUGACAGUAGAGCAAUAGAAAUGAAGAAAUAUACAGAAAAUUUAAAAGAGCUGAGAGAUAUAGAGGCUAAAUGCUUUGCAACGGAUUGUCGAGCUUGUGGGCAAGUAACACGUGGUUAUGAAAAUAUUGGUAGUUAUUUAAAUCAAAGCAGUAUGAUUAUUGAAGCCGAAAUUACCUCUACGGUUGAAGGCAUCCUCGAAAGUCUUAAAAGACAUCGAGAUAUUUGUAUAGCAUUCUUGGAAAUGCUAAAUAAUAGAAAACCUAAUCUAGAAUCAAAUCAAAUCAACAUUCUAUAUCGUAAAAUUUCUGCAAAUACUGUUAAAGUGAAUCAGAAUCGUGGUGUACCAGGUUUAGAAUCUGAAGUAGAAAGAUUAGAUGCAAUUAUUAAAGCCGAUACCGAAAAAAUGAUAUACCAACAAAGAAGAGAUAUCUAUAUUAAAUACUGCCUUGCAAGUGAAUUAUCUUAUUUACACAAACAACAAGCUUUUGUAUCCUUACUUUAUCAAAAUUUUGUGCAUGAUCAACUUCAAUAUUCUCGUAGAACAGUUGAGACUUGGAAAGCAUUGGAGGCUCUUUUGUGUAAUAUGCCUAAGCCUGAAGAUUUUGCUUAAUUUAUAUCUGAAUUAUUAUUUAUUAUCAUCAUUAAGAUAUACCCCUCCCCCACCAAAAAAAAAGAGAUUAAUUUUCACUUAUUUAUAAUUAUAUAUGUUUAUUGCAAUAAAGUCUAUUAUAAGGAAAGAG